AUGACCGAAUACGAUGAUAUUUCGCCAGUGAUAAAUAACAACACCCCUUUUGAAAUAAAGUCGGGUGACGAAUGUUCACCCAAAAUAUUUGAAAAUUUCACGGGAUCCCUGACCCGUCUUGGCCAUUCCCUCCUGAGUUCCAGUUCAGUGAGGAGAGAGGAUGACGUUUAUCUCGAUAUCGAAAAAAUUCCUGUAGAAAAUAACAUUGAUAUCAUCUCGUGUUCGCCUGACAAUAAUUUUGUGGCGAGUUGGUGCAGGGAAGACGGCAUUUUGGCGGUUUGGCCAAUCACGAAGGACCGUGUUGGCAAGCAAUUGUCACCAAGCUUUGCGGUGAAAUCACCUUUCGACAAAACGAACGUGGACGGCUCAAAAAUCUAUAUUUCCGUGUCGGAAGAAGGGAAAUAUGUUUCAAUAUCACGGAUAAAAAUUCUCGAUGGUGGUGAGGAGGAGACGCCUAACAUGGAGAAAGUGGAGAGCGAAAGAAUGAAUGGGAAAUCAUUAGAUUUCAUAUCAUCAUCAUCGUUUGUGGUAUACUCCACUGCCAAUUCAUCACAGCCUCCACAUGACUCGAAAUUAAGCGAUCUAGAAAUAUCGGGACCAUUAAUAUUCGUGCCCCAUUCGCGAUUGGUCUGCUUUACGAGACACGAGAUGUACACAUUCUCCACCAAAUCAUGGAAAAUUAUUCACAGUCUUCGCAUUUCACAGUUGAUUCGCUCGACGCCUGGCUAUAAUCAUGAAAGAAAUCAAUUCCUGUUGGAUGUUUACGACAUCAUGGCGGAUAGCCUGAGGUACGGCUAUUUACUCUGGUCAGAAAGGGAUCGAGGAUUGAGCGUUUGGGAUUUGGAUGGAAUGUUGAAACAAUGGUUUUACGUUGAAUCCAAAAACGAUUCACCCAAAGAUUGUCUACAUGCCAUCUCGAAAGAUGGCAACUUGGUAGCUAGCGAGUGUCUACCCACUGAGGAUGGUCUUGUGAUCUCCACCAUGUUGGACCGAAAUCAUUCCAUAUGCUGGGGUCAGAUCCACAACGACGAUGAUGUCGAACUUUGUCGAUUUAAGUUCGAACCGUGGAGAUUUUGCGGGAGCUCCGAGGCAUUCAUAGCCUGGCUCGACGAAACGAGAUUUUUGAUGGCCGGGAGGGAUAGCGUACAAAUAUACCAGAUAAAACCCCGUGGAAACUUACUGAGAACAGAACUGCGGUACAUCUGGACGGUGCCGAUUGCACAAAAUUCGGAAAUUAAAUAUCUAUCGCUGGAAACGAUGCAACGCCAAGAUGAAUCAAAUUAUCUUUGUCUAAAAGUGCAAUUGAUGAAUCAACAUGAGAUAGGGAUUCCCCUCCCCGCGAAGGAUGAUGAUCUCGAUUGCAAGACUGUGUCGGACGCAUGCAUGGCGGUGCACUUUCUGAGAUUGCAGUUUGAUGAGGAGAGAGACUUCGAUCAAUUGGCGAUCAAGAGACAAUUACAGAAGCUAAUCGAAAAUGCGGUGGAUAAGUAUCCAUCUGCUUUCAGUAAAAUUUCCACUGGAAAUGGCGACAUCAUCUACCCGAUGGAAGAUUUCAUAUUGCUUUCGUGGGAUAAUAUAGUGAAGAACAUACUUGACUCCAAUCAGUAUAUUCCCCUCUUUCACAACGAGGAACAGUCCGAAAGUGCUUUGUCAUUACUAGUUGAGCUCCAAAAAUCCGAGUUAGUCGAACAAAUGAUCUCUUACAUCAUUAAGAAUGUGCGUCAGCGUUAUAAUCCGGCGCGCGCGAAGUUUGCAAAUUCCUCGGUGGAAAGUUCAAAGACACGGGUGCAACAACCCGGCUUUGCUUGGACGAUUGGAAAGGUGUUGCUGGAUUUAUACAAAUACUAUCCUGAUAAGGGUGCCAGAGUGUUAAAAGAGUGCAGCUACUUUACCACAUCUCUUGAGACACCAGUAAGAAUUCUAAAAACAAAUCUGGGAAGGACGUCCGUAUACGAGGAAAGAAGUUUUCUUCCAGAGUUAGCCGGUGUCACGAGAAAAGCUCAGUUGCCAAAAGAGACGUCGGGGGCUCACAGCAGGCGACGAAAAAUUAUGGAUUGGCUACGGGCUACCUUUUCGAGAACUCCCAAGGUCGGGAGCGACGAGGAUCCACAAAAAUCUCGAAACAACAAGAAGAUGACGGUGUAUAGUAGUUCGUCGUUCAUCGACAACAGCAGGAAAUAUCCGAUAAACAAGGAAAGUCACGUGUAUCGAAAGCAGCUUCGUAAAAAACGGUUGGACAACUUGCAGAAAACUCAUCCGGCAAAAUUGUGCGUGGUGCCGUUGCCAGAUUUUUGCGUUUACCCAUCCAUUCCCAAGGUUUAUGACGAUGCGACGUACUUUCAGCGGGUGAAGAGGUUUUGGAAUUUGUAUGUCACUCCGUCGCAGAUGAGUCCGUUCGCUGAUAUUGCCAUAAACGGACCGCCAGAAAUGUUCAGUGAGGUUGCCAUGGAGGCCAUCAUAAAGUUCAAGUGGGAAAAAUUUGCGAAAGCCUAUUUCCUAAACUCCUUCAUUCUAUACCUAAUAUACGCAACUCUUUUCUGUGUAACGGUCAGCAUCGACUACGACUUGGUGCCCAGCGUAUCGCAAAAAAUAGAAACCUGGAAGGAUGUCUUGUUCAUCAUUGUCACCAUCGUCGCCAUUUACCUGCUGCUUCAAGAAUUUCGUCAAAUGGUCGGCCGUUGGAAAAUUUAUUUCUCGAGCUUCUUCAAUUACAUCGAUCUUGCUUCAUACGGUCUACCGUUGGCUACGUGUUUAAUGGUAGUCGCCGCUAAAAGUGAACCACCAGAUUGGUUGAAAAGUUUUGCGGUGCUUAUGGUGUGGCUUAACGCUUUGUUAUUGUCGAGGGCUUUUGCGGGACCGGGCAAAUUCAUUGCAAUUCUGAUAGAGAUCGGGAAAAAGAUUACCCCGUUGAUAUUAACGUUGUCCAUUAUUGUCAUCGGUUUCUCAAAUGCACUAUUCGUUCUCCUGCGCAACACCGAUUCAAAUGAUAUUACACUUGGUUACAGCGGAUCGAUCACAAAUUCCUCAUCAGGCGAUGUAAUCGGAAGUCUAACCAUGCGACAAGACGUCAGAACAGACACCAACCAAUGGACAAGAUUUGAUGCGGCCCUGUUUGCCACCUAUAAAUUCCUGGGUAUAGGAUGGGAAGCUGUCACCACCGUCGAACCUACAUGGGCUCUCAGAGUUAUGAUGGUGUUAUUCAGUUUCGUGACCGUGAUUGUUAUAUUGAACGUUCUAAUCGGUCUCAUAACCGAAGUGUUUGUUGGCAGCCUUCAGGUGGGACGUCAAGCUUGGUUAAGGCAACGCGCGGAACUUAUAGCCGAGCUUGAAUUAUUUUUCAUUUCGCCCAGCAAGCGACUAAAAGCCAAUUGGUUUCCCCACCUCGUAUACUACGAAUCUCACCUCGACUCCAUAAAUAAAUGGCAACGUAAACUGUAUCAAGAGGAAAGAGGAGAUUUGGAUGUGGACUUUGUUAAGGGUGAACUAAAGACGGUCAGGGAUGACCUUCAGGCCGAAUUGAAAGAGUUGAAGGGAAUGGUGGGACACAUUAGGAUUGCGUUGGGAGUCGGAAAGAUACCCAGUGAGGGGGAUUCGGCUGGAGGAAGUAAAACCGGAAGUAACCGGAAUAGUGCCAUCUCGCUUCAAUGA